AUGUGCAAUGAACCAGAAGACACCCACACAGUAGGGAUGAAGAGAUUUUCACAGAACCAGACAAGCACUCUCCCUUCUGGAUGCCGUGAAGAGUACAAGAAGAUUGUGUAUGUAUCUCAUCCAACAAUACCUGAUAAGAAAAUCAAGUACCGCCUAUGCUACACGAAGUCUAGUGGAUAUGAGUCUGAAAGCAAUGAGGUUCUAAGGAUCGAGAUUUCUCAUGACCUAGAGAAUCUGGCUCAUUACAUCAGAAAGAUUCUAGACUAUCACAGGUUUAAGAGGCUGAAAAUAUAUGUAAAGUAUAGCGAAUUUCUGAAGCUUCACAAGGAGAUAGAGAAAGUCAACAACGACCUAUUUACUUGCAACUACACCUUCAAGUUUAGUUUUAUUCCAAGCAGUUACAAAGAAGAGGAGUAUGUGCUUCUUUACGAAAUAGAGGGAAUUAAAAGAGGAGAGCAUUUAGGCUAA